AUGGUUACUCUGAAACAACAAAAGAAACCACUGGAGAUUGAGGAGACAACUCAAAGAAAACUAUGGGGAGAUCUUAAGAACACAAUUACUUUUCAUGUACUGAAUGUCAAUAGAUCCAACAUUAAACAAGUAGUUGUCAAACUAUUCAAAUGCAAUAUCGAUCGAGGUCGUGGUUUGUUUGCGAGGGCAGUCAUGAAGGCGCAAAUGGAAAACGUUAAAGAUACUUCCUCCGUGUAUGCUUCUUUGGUUGCAGUUCUUAAUUCGAAAUUGCCGAAAAUUGGUAAGUUAUUAUGUUCACGACUUCUACUACAAUUCAAACUUGCAUAUAUGAAAAACAACUGGCGAGUGUGUCAUUCAUCAUUGGUGUUUAUUUGCCAUUUGGUAUUGCAAGAGGUUAUGUCCGAAAUCAUUCUCCUACAGAUUAUUCAACUUUUACUAGAACAUCACACUGCGGGAGAUAUCGAGUUAAUUGCAGAAGUGUUUAAAAUAUCCGGUAGCUUUUUGAAUAAGGACUCCAAUAUAGCGACAAAUAUGAUACUCGGUAGGCUUAAUGAUUUGCUACAGGAAGAUGAAGGAUUGUCACACAAGUCAAGAAGUACCAUUAAUUACGUGCUACGAUUGGGUCAGAGACAGUUUAAGGGAACUGGUAUAGUGGAUAAUACUUUGGACUUGGUCGAAGACGACGAUAAGGAGACACACGAAAUAUUAAUUGAUAGUAAAUUGAAGUCUCGAGAUCAUCUUGAUUUAUUCUAUGUUGAUCCAGAUUUUGCCAAAAAUGAAGCCGAUUACCAAAGGCAACUUGUUGAUAUAUUGGAUGAGAGCAAUGAAUUUGAGGAAGAACAAGAACAAGAACAAGAUCAAGGGCAAGAUCAAGAAUCAGGAGAAAAAAGACAUUCACGGCAAUAUAAAUCUCCACUCGAGCUAGCUAAAGAUGUGAAGCAAGGAGUAAAAGUGGUGGAUAUGUCCCAGUCUGAAAUCCUAGAGUUUCAAAAACGAGUAUACUUAACAGUAAUGUCCUCAAUGUCAGCGGACGAGGCAGUCCACAAGCUUUUAAGACUUAAAAAGUCAUAUUCUAAUUCACAACAAAAUCACAUGGUAAAUGAGAAAUUCCUUGCUGAUAUGAUCAUCAAAUGUUGUUCUCAGGAAAAGUCAUACUCCAAGUUUUUUGGAAUUAUUGGAGAAAAGCUUUGUUCGCGAGAUGGUCAAUGGCAUAAUAAGUUUGUUGACUUAUUUAAAGCGUAUUAUCUUGAAAUUGACAAAUUUGAGACUAACUCAUUGCGCAAUAUUGGGAAAUUCUUUGGCCAUUUGUUUGCUUCAGAUGUGAUUGCCCUUGAACAAGCUUGGAAUGAAAUUAAAAUAACUGAAGAGGAUACUAAUCCACCAAGACGUAUUUUGCUCAAAUUCAUUUUUCAAGAAAUGGUAGAGGAAAUGGGGAUUAAGGAGAUGCAAAGAAGGCUCAUUUUUGACCUGCAUGUCAAGAGACAUAUCAAUGGUGUAUUCCCUGUUGUUGGAGUUUCAUGGAAGGAUGCAGAUGAUAUAAGGUUUUCAAUUAAUUUUUUCACUGCGAUUGGUUUGGGUGUUUUGACCGAAGAGAUGCGUGAAGUAUUGAACAAUUUACCAGAGGAAAGAGGCAGAAGCAUGAGCAGAAAUAGGGACGGGGAUAAGAACAGGAACAGUAGUGAUGGUAGCAAUGGCUAUAGUCGAAGUGGAUCGUCAUCGUACUCAAGAAGCCGUUCUAAUUCUAGCACAAGGAGUUUUUCACGAAGUAGGUCAGGUAGUCCCACCGGUCUCAAUCCAACAAAUGCAGAAAAGGUUGCAGAAUCUACAGGUGAUAUAAUAAAUAAAUUAACUUAA